AUGAGAUUACUAAGGUGAGAAUACAUGAGAAUGCUUUCCAUGGGAUGAUUAAUCUUCGUUUUCUGAAAUUCUAUAAAAAAUCAUUGGAGCGGAAGAAAGAUGUUCGAUGGUACGUACCCGAAAGAUUCAAUGAUUUUCCGGAUAAACUCAAGUUAUUGAGUUGGCCAGGAUAUCCAAUGGAGUGCCUGCCUUCUGAUUUUUGUCCUGAAUAUCUGGUUGAACUCAAAAUGCCUAACAGCAAGCUUCAAUUAGCUGAAGUCAGAUGGCCCGAUAAAGCACAAGACACCAAUGAUGCUCGCACCAACCUGUCAUUGAUUAUUUUCACCAACUGCUUCAAUUUGAAUCAAGAAGCGUUUAUUCAACAAUCAGCUUCCGAGUAUCUGAUCUUGCCAGGUGUAGAAGUGCCUCUAUACUUCACUCACCGAUCAACCGGUAGGUUCCUUACCGUCCCUCUACGUUGUUCAACUCUCUCUCAACAAUCAUUCUUGGACUUCAAGGCAUGUGUUGUGGUACAUUGUCGGUUUAGAGACAAGCAUGGGAACUACUUUGAGCCUGCUAAACCAAGAUACUUAUCGUUGCAUCAGAAAUAUAAUCAUCUGAUUAUAUUUGAUUGUCAUUUCCCUCUAAACCAAGAUUACAAUCAAGUUGAGAUCGAGUUUCGUCUCGCCAGUAUUCGACUAAAACUAAAAGGAUGUGGUGUAAGACUCUCAGAUGACACUACUCCAUUCCUAGCUACUCAUAAUGAAGUCGAAGCUAGCGGUGAGGAAUUGGAGGGAAAGGAACGAGUGAUGAGCCUCUUAAAGGAGUUUUCAUCACCAGAGAACCGAUUUGGUAAUCCAAAUGCUUGUACACAUGUUUUUGAAGCAGACAAUAUGGUUGAUGAUAGAUGCCAUGAGACUGAAGAAGGCGAAGAAUGUGGAGAUAGUGAUGUAGAUACAAAGAGAAGCAGGAAGAGGAUGCGGUUCUGGAUUUGUCUUGUCUACGGUGACAAGAAAAAAAUGGCGGAACAGCAAAUGAAACCCGUGGCCUCUUUGCUUCUACUCCUGAACUUCUGCAUGUACGCCAUUGUUCUGGGAAUUGGAGCAUGGUCCAUGAACAAAGCUAUCAACCAUGGCUUCCUUAUUGGUGCGGAUUACAGCCUUCCCGCUCAUUUCUCGCCAAUAUAUUUUCCGAUGGGUAAUGCGGCCACCGGAUUCUUUAUGAUGUUCGCUUUAAUUGCCGGAGUUGCUGGAGCAGCCUCUGUUAUCUCUGGUGUCAGCCAUCUCCAGUCAUGGACUACAGCCAGUCUUCCGGCAGCUGUCUCUGCCGCCACCAUUGCUUGGUCGCUCACAAGGACAAUGGAGGCAUUUCUAAUAAUACUUUCGGCAACACAACUUAUCUAUAUUGCUGCAAUAUACGGAGUUCGAAAAUAAAUCAAAGAAAUAAAACGAAUUUCUUUUCUUCUUAUUUCUUUGUUUAGUAAGUUAUAUAUAUUUAUCCAAUUUGUUUAUUUGAAGAUGUGUAUUUUUAUGGUUUGAAUUAUUUGAUUGGAUUUGCGAUAUAAAUUUUAUUAUUUUUAUUCUGUGUGUGUUUAAUUACAAGAGAUUUUUUGUUUUUGCAUGGUUUCACUAAAUGGCAAAUGCAAUUCGUAAUCGAAUAAUUCUAAAAAUACCAUAUUAUUUCUAAA